CACCCCACGUGUGUCAAAAAGUAAAAAGUUUUUUUCAAAGCCGGUCGGCCGCUCCAUUAAAAGAAAAAAAUUACGUAAAAUUUAAAAAAAUGUCGGCAUUCUUCAGAGGUAUUUCAAAAAUUAGUGCUAUUUCAAGCAAUACACUGAAAAAUGUUAACCAAGUGCGUAGUUUGAGUUUUUUGCCAAAAACCUUAUCGGUUACACCAUUGAACACCAAUGUCCAAAAACUCCAACCUAACAACAUGGCAGCGGCCGCAGCUCCUCGUUUUGCUCACACAAAAAGUGCCAAAGAAUUAGUUGAAUUCUUAACCGAAGAAAUUCUUGCCGAAAAGAAAGCCCAAAACAUCAAAACUGUUCCAACAUCCGUUGAUGGAUUCAACGUUAAUUUGUAUGGCGCCGAUGUUGAACUUGUGAAACAAAUCGAAGGAGAAAAAAUCAUAAUCAGUUUCAAUGUCAAUCACACAGUUGAUGCUGAUGAUGAAAGUCCUGAAGUCGAUAUGGGCAGCUCGGAGAAACCUGACAUGGCUGAGAUGCGCAGCAAACCCACAUUCGAAGUUGACAUUAUCAAAGGCAACACUACUUUGUCUUUUACUUGCUCCUUUUUGCAAGGACAAGCCCAAGAAGGCGAAUACAAUGAUGUCUUUGGCAUCGAUGAAUUGUGUAUUUUCGAGGGCGAAUGGAAUGAGAAGGUGUACGCUGUUGCCGGAGACGUACUCGAUGGCUACUUGUACGAUUUGUUGAUGAAUCUGUUGGAAGAGAAGGGAAUUAGCAAUGAAUUUGCUGACAAAUUGGCAGACUUCAGUACAGCCUACGAACAUGCUUCGUAUAUUGGCUUUCUAGAACGUUUGUCGAAAUUCACGACUCCCGGCGCAAAGUAGAGAAAUGCGCGCAUGGGAAAUUUAAUUCAUAUUUUAUUAUUUCAUCGUAUUUACUGUUAUUAUUAAUAAAAAUAUAAGUAGGAACUAAAA